GCCUCUUUGUGUUUGCAUUUUGAAUCAUUUACCAUUUUCCUUUUCAUACAAAGAUACAUCACUCAAAUUUAUAGAUUAGAUUAAUCUCUUCCUAUCCUCUCCAAGAAUUUCAGUCAGAUCUUCUUUGUCAUUUGCUCUGUUUUAUCUGUUCCCACUUUUCCAUCUUCUCAUGGAUAUCGUUGGGCCAUUUGUAACUGUUAUUGACACUUAUCUGAUUUCUCCCAUUUCUCGAAGGAUAAAGUACUUAAGAAGCUCCCAAGAUAAUGUAAAUGACUUGCAAACUGUAGUUCAAGAUCUGAAGGCAAAGAGGAACGAUGAGCAAAGCAAACUAAAAGCAGAAGAAAACGAUGGAGGAGUGGAGACUGAGGUAGCCAACAAUUGGUUCAAGGCCAUCCAUGAAAUCGAAAUUGAAGCCGAUGUCAUAGAAAAGAAGUAUAAUCAAUCAGGGACGUGUGCAGGUGGUUGGUGUGUGAACUGCUGGUCACGCUACAAAUUGAGCAAGAGGUCUGCAACCCUCAAGCUAGUUGCUGAUCAUAGGCUAAACGAACAAUUUGAUCGGACAAGGUCGCCUUCUCCAAAGCCUGUGAUAGAGAUGUCAACCGAGCCAAUAAUCGCAAAACAGCCAUCAACUCGACGCAUACUUCAGCAGAUGCUUGAUUGCAUAGGUGAUCCUGAUCCACGUUUUGGUAUCAUUGGAGCAUAUGGUAUGGGUGGAGUGGGUAAAACAACUCUCGCCAAAGAAGUAAACAAUCACUUUGAAAAUGAUUCUUGUUUUGAGACAGUGAUAAUGGUCACAGUGUGUGCAACUCCAAACAUACGAAGUAUCCAAAUCAAUAUCGGUAAGCGCCUCGGAUUCGAUAAAUCAAAUGAUAAAGAUAGUGAGGCUGAUGCACGAGAGAAGUUGUUGAAUGCCUUAAGAAAGAAGAAAUUUCUUCUAAUUUUGGAUGACGUAUGGCGCAAAUUAAACCUCGAGGUUGUUGGAAAUACAAGGUUUGCCACAUCAGCCUAUGAUCGUAUCAGAAUCCCAGACCCUUUAAACAACAGAGGUAGCAAGAUUCUUGUGACGAGUCGAAAUCAAGAUACUUGCACUGAUAUGGGUGCUAGUAAAACCAUAAAAGUGAGGCCAUUAUCAGAAGCCGAGUCGUGGGAGCUCUUUGUUAAAGUAGCUGGUGAACAUGUUACUGCCACUGACAUAAAGAGCUUUGCUGAAAAAAUUGUUGGAAGGUGUGAUGGUCUUCCCCUUGCAAUUGUAACUGUUGCUCGUGCAAUGGCAAAUCGACAUGAAGUCGGGUCAUGGAAGAACGCCUCAAGGGAAAUGGAGCUCUCAGCCACAGAGAUCCGAGGUAUGAAGGAAGAAGUAUUUAUUCCUUUAAAAUUCAGUUUUGAUAAAUUGGAGAAUGAUAUGCUUAGGAGUCUAUUCCUUUAUUGUGCUUGCUUCCCCGAAGACUAUAACAUAAAUAUAAGAUAUGAAAUAUUAGAUUAUUGCGUUGGUGAGGGAUUAGUAGAUAGAUUAGGAAGUUUAAAUGCUGCUAGGGAUAAAGGUGUGGAUCUGAUUGAGAGCUUGAAAAUUGCUUGCAUGUUGGAAGAUGGGGAGUAUGAAGACACUGUAAAGAUGCAUGAUAUGAUGAGAGAGCUUGCAAUUUGGGUUACUUCUUCAGAGUACUCUAGUAGUGGUAUCCCCAAAUUCUUGAUAAGGUCUGGUAAAUCAGUUAAAGAGGCACCACAGAUUCAUGAGUGGGUAGAUGCAACAAGGAUUUCACUAUGUGAUACCCAAAUAGAAGAGUUGCCGGAGUGGGGAGAGAUGUGCCCAAAACUAAACAGUUUUCUAUUCUGGGCCAAUAGUUACCCAACCAAGGAGGAGAAGAUUCGCACUGUUAUUCUCCCAACAAAUUUUUUGCAACACAUGGAUCAUCUUAGCGUACUUGAUCUUUCUAAAACAAUGGGAUUGGAAUAUCUCCCAGAUUCCUUGUCAUGUUUGGUGAAUCUUCGGGUGCUUAGGUUACAGGGGUGUUCAAGUUUAAAAGCAAUGCCUGCACUAGGAAUGCUCCGACAGCUCCAACUUUUAGAUUUGUCUAAUUGUGAAAUGUUAGACCAGCAAAUAUUUGGAGUUGAAUUUGUGGAAGGUGUAAGUAAUUUAAGAUACUUGAAUGUGGAAUGGACCAAAGUUUCUUUUCCAGUGGGGGUAAUUUCUCGUUUGCACAAAGUAGAGGAGUUGAGUUUGUUUAGAGCGGAUAAAAUAAAAUGGAGGGUAAGUGGUGGUGGUGGUGGUGGAGAUGAAAAAUGGGAUGGGAGUAGGUCUGUUGUUGAUUGUAACAGACAAAGCAGCAGGGAUGAAGAUGAGGAGGAAGAGAAGAGAAGUGGGCCUACCAGUGAUGACCGCAUCAUUGAUGUGAGGGAGUUAUCACACUUGACCAAUUUAACAUCUCUUUCCAUUUCCUUCCAAGAUAUCAUUAUUUCUGAUGAUCUUUGGUUCAAGCCUUUGGCCAAGAAGAUGAAGAGACUGCGGUUGUGGUUGUUUCGUUGCACAAUCGUAAAACAAGACACUCUACAAGCUCUCAAACAAUUCCAAAAUUUACGAUUCUUAAGGAUUGAGGAUUGCCCGGGGGUGACAUGUGUACCCACUGGUGUUGAAGUUGUAGGUCCUGUUGUAAUAGAGAAUUGUGAGGAUUUUGAAGUGCACCACCACCACCACCACCAAGAUUCCUUUAAGAGUUUAUUCCUAGGAAGUUUGCCAAAAUUGGAAAGGAUAUGUAGUGUUAAUCUCACACCACUAAAUUGCUUUGAUCAACUAUCGUGGAUAACAAUUGAGCAAUGCAAUAGCUUGAAGAUGAUCUUCACGAAGGGAAUGCCAGGCGUGUUCAACAACUUGGAGGAGAUUAGAGUUCUGGAUUGUGAGAGAAUGGAAGUGAUAAUUGAAGCAGAUCAGGAAGAAGUACUUGGAGAGGAGUUGGAAGGGAAUAGUAGUAAUAUUAAUGGUGGUGGUGGUGGUGGUGGAGUCAUGAUCUCACCCUUCCCAAGACUGAAGAGGCUAGAGCUAAUAGACCUACCAGCACUACAUGACGUGUGCAACAACCACAUCUUGCAGUGUCCCCUUAUACAAGAUGUGAUGGUGAGUAACUGUCCAAGGCUAAAGAAGGAUCCUCUCCCCAUCCGAAAUGCAGACGGGUUACUUGUCAUCAUUGAAAGGAAUCAGUGGUGGAAAAAAGGCGAUAAGGUGAUGGAAGAGGAAAUUCAAGCUUCUCUGUGA